ACGCAGCCUCCAACCUCCACACAAUAUAUUUCGUUACCGUAAAGCCAUUAAAACAAUGUGAAUUUCUCUUCCCUGCUCAGAAACGAGGUACCGAGAUAUGAACUUCACCCCCUUCACGGGGCACGUUCCCGUGGUGACCACCCUGCCCACAAUACACCAGUUUGCAGCCAAGUUUGGCUAUGAAGGAAGUGGAUCAAUGGCGAAUACCGGAGUGGUGCAGGAAACUCGCUACCACUCUGGGACGGGGGUUCAGUUCGCGGUGAAUCCCACAGCAGGAGAUGGAAUGAGGUUCCGGCAGGGAGAGAGUGUGGUGGUUAUGAGCAGCAACGGGCAGCCAGGAUCCGUUACUCUUGCAGGAUUAGGUGCCAUGACUCCUGGUGUGAAAUACCAGACCAUCACCUCAUCAUCAUCAUCACUGAAUGUGGGUAACAUAUCGUACGGGGGGCACACGUACAUACAGGCGGACGAACUAAAAGCUGAUAAGAGGGAGUACAGGGAGGAACUUCAGCAGGAUAUCAUGACCAGUAUGAUGCAGCAGCAACAAGUUACCGUGCACCAGGCGCCACUACAGCAAGGGACACAGCAGCUACUGGUUGUUCUGCACGAGCCCAAGGAAGCCGCGGCUUUGGCGCGCGUUUUCAAGCAGGAGAUGAGGCCGGGCUCUGCUGAGUUUAUUAGUAUAGCCGAUGUGGGCGAGGGAGCGUCGUGGCAGGCUGUUGGUGGCGGCGUGGCCGACUACCUGGCAGCGCUUCCAUUGCCGCUGCAUCAUCUGCUCAAGUACAGCUCGGUCGAGAAGCGUGACGACCACGCCACUUUUAUUGCCAGCGUAAACACAUCACCACUCUCUAACGUUCACACUAUAUCGCCACAGGAGGGCAGUGUUUUAGUUCAGAACACGAACGUACUGACCCCAAACCUCGUGAUGUGUACUCAAACACCAAACAGUCCUGAAACGAACUCGUCUAGCUCUUUAUACUACAACAAUGGGAGAAAGAAGAAGAAAAAGAAAGACUCAGAAGAGAAGAAGCCGAGACCAAAACCUGGAGAGAUAAGGAUAACAACUGCUUUAGAUGGAAGCACCCUGUACUGCUGCCCCGAGUGUCACAUGGCGUAUCCAGAGCGCGACUUGGUGGAGGAGCAUCUCGUGGGACAUACCAUGGAGAGAAAGUUCAUCUGUGACAUCUGCAACGCAGCUCUCAAGCGGAAGGAUCACCUGACGCGCCACAAGCAGUCCCACAACGCGGAGCGUCCGUUCAUCUGUUCUGUAUGCAUGAAAGCCUUCAAACGUAAAGAGCAGUUAACUCUACACUUCAUCAUCCACUCCGGGGAGAAGCGGCACGUCUGCAAUGAAUGUGGGAAAGGAUUCUACCGCAAAGACCACUUACGAAAACACACACGGUCACACAUCGCUCGACGGGUGAAGGCAGAACUGUCACAAGAAACCACGUCACAGAAAACCUCAAAACAGACUCAAACUGCGACGAAAGAGUGCUCCUGACAUCGUUCUCUAGAAGACUUCUGAAUCCACUAAGCCAAUGACUAUGAAAUAACCUGAGUAUAAAAGUUAUUAUAAGUAUGGUAUUAAUAAUACUUAAGAGGAUACAUUAGCAUUUCUCUUUGUUUUGCUUUUUUUAUUGAUAAUGAGUUAAAAAUGAAACAAAAACGUAUUUCUGAACUAUUUUAAAAUAUUGUAUAGCAAUAAAAUGAUAAGGAUUAUUUACCUAGUUGUAUAAAUAGUUUUACACAACCGCUUUAUGAUUGCCAAUUUUUUAAUGUAUUAAAAUGGAUAAAGUGUCAAAAGAUGUGUGAUGACAUAGAUAUAUUAUGCCGUCAUGGACUUUUCUGCAGAUCUAUAUGAAAUCUAGAGUUCCACCAUACAUAACAUUGUUUCCAACACAUCCAAUAAAUAUCGUUAAUGUAUACAGAAACUUAACAAACUAUAUACUUAAGCCUUCCUCGAAAACCACGCUAACCAUUAGUGACAACAGCAUUUAAAUUGGUACAGUAGUUUUUAAGUCUAUCGCGAACAGACAGACAGAGAGACGCGGCGGAGGACUUUGUUUUAUAAUAAGUGCUAGAUUACUUCAUAAAGUUCUUAAAAACAGUUUUAUAAGAUACGCCGCAAACAGAGGUCUAGUUUACAAACCCGAUAACAAUAAUCGGAAAAAUUAAAAUAUUCCGACACAGUCCUUUCCAUUCCGAUGCCGAAAUUUUGGUACGAUUGUUUAAGUUUUUGAGGAAAAAUAAUCGAAAACCAAACCCUGAUUUUUGUGUUUUUUUUUAUUUCAGGCCUGAGCUAAUGCUACCUCUAUAUAAUUAAUUAGUUAAGAUCAUGAAAAUCAAAUGUGAUAUUAAACGCACGCAACAUAUUCGUAGUCAAUAAUAAAUUUAGCUUAAGUUUUAUUAUUGUCAUUUAAUAUUUGUAUACAUCUUGAUAUCGAACUAAAAUUUUACAUUAUAAUAAUAAUAUAAAAAAAAAACAUUUAUAUCAGGCAUACCACGCAUAUACUUUAGUUGGCAUGUUCUUAAAAUAUUAUUGGUGGAAUGAGAAUAGUACAAAUUUUUAUAACGUAGGUAAGCUAGCUUGUAGGAAAGAUUAAAAAAAAUAUUGUCAUGAGAUUAGUAUAACGUGACUCAUUAAAAGAAAGUUAUAAAUUAGAAAUGAGCGAUCACUGACCUCUACUAUAUAUAUCUACCACUUGUCGGCUGUCAAAGUGCUUUUGUGCCUGUUUCAUAUUCGCCAUUUUGGCGCUGUUGGACAUGUAGCGAGAGUCUGCAGUUGUCAUCAGUAGUUUUCGUAAAAACUACCUUCUGAUGACAACCCACUGAACAACAUAUUUGUGGAAAACUAUUAAAAAGAAAAAUUGUG